AUGUGGAUUGUUGUUGGAAUCGAAUAGAGACAAGAGAGAUUAGAUUAGAUUACAAUCAAAUCAGUUUGAGGGAAGGAAUUAUGUCAUACUUGCUACCUCAUUUGCACUCCGAAGAAGAACGAGUUGUUGUCAUUCGCUUCGGUCAUGAUUGGGAUGACACCUGCAUGCAGGAUACAAUGCAAUAAUGCCAAUUGAAUUGCUGAACACGGAGCCUUUUAUGUCGAAUAAGAUGGAUGAAGUGCUGGCAUCGGUUGCUGAAAAGAUAAAAAACUUCGCAGUGAUUUAUCUUGUGGAUAUCACUGAGGUGCCGGAUUUCAACACCAUGUACGAGUUGUAUGAGCCGUGCACCGUUAUGUUCUUUUUUAGGAACAAGCAUAUUAUGAUAGACCUUGGAACCGGAAACAACAAUAAGAUCAAUUGGGCACUCAAAGACAAGCAAGAGUUCAUUGAUAUUGUCGAAACAGUGUACCGUGGUGCAAGGAAGGGACGUGGUCUAGUCAUUUCUCCCAAAGAUUACUCUACCAAGUACCGCUACUGAGUUGCUUUGCUUACUUACCCUGCACUGCAAUUUAUUAAAUUAACCAUUGUAACAUUGACUCUAUAAUAUUUCAUUGGCUUUCACUACUUGCUGAGCUUGUCACCACAAUCCCUAAUACCUGGAGUAAUAAUACUUCAUUUAUAGGCUGUGAUGUUUAAUCGUCGUGUAGUGUUGAAUGCUAAUAGACUUUGAUAAGUCAAAUUUCUUAAACCUUUUCUAACC